AUUCUAAUAAAUAUGACCAUAUUCAAUUCUAUACGAUACUUGAAACAUGUUUAAUUCGUUUAUUCGAGAAAAAUAGUUCUCAUUUGAAUUAUUAAUUUGAUUCUCGAUGGUUCAGAUUUAUGUGAUGCACACAUGCACUCAUCGGAUGCGCCAUCGAAACAGUAAACACUUAUUAGCACAUGGAUCUUUAAUAGUUGUACAUUUACAAAAGAUUGCUGCGAAACAUUAUCAUCGUUUGGUUAAGAUGACGUUUUGGCAACGCUGACAUCGAAUGAGCUUUGUUUCUACUUAACACUGUAUAUCUUCUUUAUACAGUAAAUUCUAACAAAGUGGUGAUGGCUAAUCAUUACGAGGUGCCUAAUUGGGCAGGAAAGCCACCAGUUGGGUUACAUCUAGAUGUAUUAAAAAAUGACAAAUUAAUUCAGAAACUAAUGGUUGACGAAAAGAAAUGUUACCUGUUUGGCCGUAAUCAACAAUUAAAUGAUUUUUGUAUAGACCAUGCCUCUUGUUCCCGUGUCCACGCAGCUCUUGUUUACCAUAAACAUCUGAACCGUGUGUUUCUUGUUGAUUUGGGUAGCACACAUGGAACCUUCAUUGGAAAUCUGCGAUUGGAGCCUCACAAACCCACACAGCUACCAAUCGAUAGUACAUUUCACUUUGGAGCUUCAACUCGAUAUUAUAUAAUCAGAGAAAGGCCUCAAACAGGUACAAGACCCAUUAUAGAAGAAUUGGAGAAGUUAUCAGAAGAUAUAGAUGCAGGUGGUUUACUAGGUUUGCCUGAAACAGAGACAGAACUUGAUAAUUUAACAGAAUUUAAUACUGCACACAAUAGACGUAUAUCAAUGUUGGGUAUAACGGACGAUGAGAUCCAUAAACCGACGAGAAAACGAAAGAAAAAAGGGAUUACUUUCAACGAUGAUGAAGAAGUAAUUAAUCCAGAAGACGUUGACCCGUCUGUCGGUAGAUUUCGUAAUCUUGUACAAACAACCGUUGUCCCCAGUAAAAGAAUGCGUAUGGAAGGAGGAUUAAUUUCUUUAUCGGAGGACCACAAUCCAUUGAAGCAUCUGCAACCUACGUCGACUGCGCCCCAGCUCUAUCAGGAUUUGCCACCAGAACAAUUCACACCCUCCUCGUUGUCACUUAAUCCAUUCUCUAGCGCACUGUCUUCGCUAACAUCUCGGCUUGGUAUAGCUCUGCCAAAUCCAGCCCCUGAGGUAGAGAUGACACCCACACAAAUACAAUCGGAAGCGCCGCAUGUACCGGAAAUGUCUGGGCCUACCGAAACGCGAACUUUGGAACCAAAAAAGAAAAAGUAUGCCAAAGAAGCGUGGCCUGGGAAGAAGCCCAUACCAACGCUUUUGGUAUAACAGUCUCAGGAAAUUAUAUUUUUCUUACAUUUAUCUAUGAUACAGGUUAUAUAUAUAUUAAGUUGUGUAAGAAAUUUGUGUAUAAAUUUAACGUGGAAAUUUCGAUAAAUAUGUUUAGUUAACGUU